CGUACGGCUACAUUGUUUCUAUAAUCAUAACAAACCGUUAUUUGUUUUUGCGAAAAAAAACUUUUAUUUUAAACUUAAGUACUCCUUGAUUUAUAUAUCGGCAAUGCAGGCUGCCGGUUGCAAUGCUAUCCUGUCCCUGAGGCAGUUCGUCCUGCUCGCCAGGCGGCACCGGUCGGCACAAUCCGCGCUUUCCGGCUCCCAAACAAAUGCCCAACAAAUACCCCCGUCACACGAGAAAUGCGGGGACAAGAUGCGAGGAUGGCAGCUCCACAAUUACGGUGACAUCGACGAACUGCAGCUUUCAGAAAAGGUAAAGAUUCCCCAGAUACGUAGCUCCAAUGAGUGCCUGGUCCGAAUCCGGACGACGGCAGUUAAUCCCAUCGACCUGGCCAUGCUCCGUGGUUACGGAGCCGCGGUACUAAAUAAGAUGCGCUGCAAGUCCGGCGAUGGCAUCGAGUUUCCCCUCAUCCUAGGCCGCGAAUUCUGCGGAGAAUUGGUUCAGACGGGCAUGGGGGUUGCUUCAGAUACUCUGCCCUUGGGAGCCCGUGUCUGGGGAGUGGUUCCUUUGCAGGCCAGCAUCGGAGCCCAUGCGGAGUACGUAGCCGUGCCUUCAUACUGUCUCGCUCUGGCUCCCAAAGAACUGGAUGACAACGAGGCCGCCAGCGUUCUGUAUGCCGGAUUGACGGCGUGGUCGGGCCUUUAUAUCACUGGAGGUCUGGGUGGUCCAUGUGGAGCCACCACAUCUUCUGGCGGUGGUGCCCACAAGCGAGUAUUGGUUCUGGGCGGCUCCGGCGGCGUUGGCUCCUUGGCCAUACAAAUCCUUAAGUCCCAAAAAGUUCAGGUUCUCGCAACCUGCAGUGAAAAUGCCGUGGAAAUGGUUCGGAAUCUGGGAGCCGACUUCGUUGUGGACUACAACAACAGCGAGUCCAUGAAGGAGCUGUGCAAAUAUGCACCAUACGACAUUGUUCUGGACUGUUCCGGCCAAGGAGGUCAAAAGGCGGCUGAAUCAAUGUUUGAUUACCGGCAGUACAUCACCUUCUCAUCGCCACUGCUGGCAAACAUAGAUAAGCAGGGACUGGGUCUGGGAGCACUUCAGAAUGUGUUUGACCUGGUCCAGACCAAUGUAAAGUCCGUCUCGCAACGCGGCGGUCUUGUAAAAUGGGGAUUUUUUAGUCCCGCUCCGCAAGGUAUUCAAUUCCUGCAAAAAUUGGUGGAUCAGCGGAAGCUGAUGCCGCUGAUCGAUAGUAGCUACGGGUUCGUUGAUCUGCCAAAGGCCUUUGAAAAGAUGAAGAGCGGACACUUGCGGGGCAAGAUAGUGGUGAAGAUCUGAGCGGAAAUAUACGAAUAACCGACAAAUAUUGUUGGUUCUGACCCAUUAAAAAAUUCUGUUGGUUAAUUAAA